ACACAGAAAUUUAGGUAGACAACAAGAAAGGAAUCAAGAGAGUUUCUUGAAUUUUACCUUUGGUGUUCCUUGCAUUAAAUAGAUUUUUAUUUAAUUUAAUUAAUCUAUACGAAGAAAAUUAGAUUUGACCCUAAUUUUGAAAGUGGAUUUAUUAAUUUAAUCCAACGUUAUAUAAUUUGAAUGUCGUCGCCAACAAGGUAUUAUAAAUCUGAUGAUAGCAUCCACAUGAUUAAGGCGGAAGCCGCUGCCGGCGUGGUCGUCAAAACCACCGCCAGCGGCGGCGUUACCACCACAGCCACUACCCUUGACAAUUGUGUAAAGGGUCAUGAAAAUAACAAGUCUGGCAUCCCAAAGCUCUUUAAUUCCAAAAGCAUUAGAGGAUGUUUUGAAGAUGAUCAAACACAAUCAGAAAAUGAUCAAGAAGUGGAUUGUAAGAUUAUAUCAAGGAAAAAAGUGUUUUCUGAAACGUCUCCUUCAGUGAAGAGAAGUUUCACAGCAAGGCAUAAUAGUGCAAGGAUUGAAGGCCUAAAUCUUUCCAAUUUUGAUCAGUCGACACAACCUGCUACUAUGAUUAAAAAUAUUAGGGUUUUUGCCGGGACAUGGAAUGUAGGAGGAAAAACUCCUAAUCAUGGACUUAAUCUUGAAGAUUUCUUGCAAGUGGAAGGUUCUGCAGAUAUAUAUGUUUUGGGGUUUCAAGAAAUUGUACCCUUAAAUGCAGGAAAUGUAUUAGUGAGUGAAGAUAGUGAACCAGCAGCAAGAUGGUUAGCCCUUAUAAGCCAUGCACUUAACAAAUCAUCAUAUGAUCAUGAUAAUGAUGAUUCAAGCAGCCACAAUUCUUCAAAAUCCAACAGCUUAUUCAAUAAACAUUCUCUUAAAGUAGUUAAAAAGAGUUUAAAGGCUAAUAGUAACCUUCUGAAGACAUGUAAUUGUCCUUCAACAACAAGGCGUUUGAGAAAGCUUAGUGAUCCUUCUUGUUCUCUCUUGACACAUUUUCGCGAAGACGAUUUACAGACGAUUGCUGAUAAAUUUCCUUCAACUAAUUAUGGUUUGAGUUAUCAUCUUAUAUCAAGCAAGCAAAUGGUGGGGAUUUUCCUUUCAGUUUGGGCACGAAAAGAGUUAGCACAACAUAUUGGACAUCUCAGAAUAUCUUCUCUUGGUAGAGGUAUCAUGGGUUGUCUUGGAAAUAAGGGGUGUAUAGCAAUAAGCAUGUCACUGUAUCGGACGAGCUUUUGCUUUGUGUGCAGUCACUUAGCUUCUGGGGAGAAAGAAGGAGAUGAGCUAAGAAGAAAUGCUGACGUUGCUGAGAUUCUCAAAAGCAUACAAUUUCCCAGAAUGUGUAGGAAUCCUGACAGAGGAAUUGCAGAAAAAAUUACUGAUCACCAACGUGCGAUAUGGCUUGGAGACUUGAACUACCGAGUGUCUUUGAGCUAUGAAGAAACAAGACUUCUCUUAGAGGAUAAUGACUGGGACUCUCUUCUGGAAAAGGAUCAGUUGAAUGUGGAGAGAGAAUCAGGAAGAGUGUUUAGUGGGUGGAAUGAAGGGAAGAUAUUUUUCGCCCCAACAUACAAGUAUUCUCAUAAUUCCGAUUCCUAUGCCGGAGAGACAACCAAGUCUAAGAAGAAACGACGAACCCCUGCAUGGUGUGAUAGAAUAUUAUGGAGAGGGGAGGGCAUUGAACAACUAUCUUAUAUUCGAGGGGAAUCAAGAUUUUCGGAUCAUAGACCAGUUUGUUCUGUAUUCGCGGUGGAUGUGGAGGUGGAGGCAGAGCUAGUGAAGAAGAAUAACUCCAAAUUUAGAAAGGGUUUUUCUUGCACUGCUAAUAGAAUGGAUCAGUAUGCAGGUUUUAUACCUCAGAGACACAGCUUUUAUGAUUAUUGAAAUACAAACUCUAACUAACUUUAAAAA